AUGGAUGACAUAGUUUUACCAGGAGAAGUAGUCGGAUGUGCAAAAGAUUAUAUAAAUGGUGAAAAUACAUAUAUAUUAAAAGAUGAAAUAAGAUCAACUAUAUUAGGAAGAAAACAUAUUAUUGAUAAUGAAAAUAAACAAAUUAUAAAUGUAGAUAAUAUAAAAAGUUUUGUAGCUUUACCAAAAACAGGAGAUAUUGUUAUUUGUAAAGUAUAUAGAGUCACAUUUAAUAUUAUAUAUUGUAAUAUUAUAUUAUCAAAUGGAAAUCCUUUAAAAAAUUCAUUUAAAGGAUAUAUUAAUAAAAGUGAUAUUCAUAUAUAUGAAGGUGAAUUAGGAGAUAAUUUCGAUUGUUUUAAACAAGGUGAUAUUAUAAAAGCAAAAAUUUUAUCCAUUGGUCAACAUUCAUCUUAUAAAUUAUCAACAGUAGGUUCUGAUUUGGGUGUUAUUAUUGCUUUAAGUGAUAAAGGUGAAAUAUUAAAACCAGUUGCAUGGAACUUGAUGGUUAAUUUAAGUGAUAUGAGUUUUGAACAAAGAAAAGUGUCUAACGAUUUUUCAAUUCCCAUUUAA